AUGGUCAGACCAGAACUAGCCAGCCCGUCCCGGAACAGGUGGCCUCCUGUGACCCCUCGCCGGUUCCCACGAGCCCCGCCUGUGACGUCACCUCCGCUGCCCAGAGUCUCUUCCCACGGCCUCGGCAAGCAUCGCCGCGUCCCGGACCCACGCUCCAGAGGUCGCGAGGGCCCGCGGCGGUGCGCUGCCCGGACGGCGGUGUCGACGCCGCCGCUCCGCGGGGCCGAGAAGGGACGCGCGGGUCGCGACCCCCUACCUGGCCGCCCCGCGGAGAAAUCCUGCUGCCCCUUCCCGACUCGCACUGCAGCAGCCGCAGCGAACCCAGGUCCCCGUUCUUCUCCCAGGCGUCCCUGCCCUCUGACGCACGCCAGGCCCGCAGACUCCGCCUUCCCACACGCGGCCACUCUAGCCUCCGGAGGGCGGCUCUUCUCGGUGGUCUUAACCCUUUCCUUCCAAGCGCCGCGCUGCGUUCCCAGGGCUGAGGCGAGCAGGCGGCGCACCGGCGAGCGGACGGUGGGACCCGCUCCGGAGAAAGAACGCGCACGCCCCAUCUCGUCCGUAUCAGAAUGGCGGGUGGACAGUCUGCGUGUGGCGUAUUUCUCUUUCUCUAGCCGGGGCCCGGCGUUUGGAAGCGGAGAAAUAGGACUGAAACUUCCUGUGGGCAUCAUUAAGCAGCGGGGUGUGAUCGGGCUCGAAUCAGUGUUCAACAGGUGAGAGGUGUAGAUCUCACUCAGGACACCAUCGGCAGCUUUGACGAUGUGAACCUAGCGAUCAGUGAGUGACCCGGGUGACCAGCAGAGCCUCUGAGAAGACUGUCCCCGCCCUUCCUGAUAGAGGAGAAUAGAACUGAUCUGUGCAGGUGACAAAGAUACAGAACAGCAGCGUGGCACUGCAUGUCUGGAACUCAGGCUCCUUUUUCCCUGGCGUUGUAUAAGUCUGGUGUGUUCUGGCCACACGCUUUCCUCGCCACCUCUUAGCUAUUCGAAAACCUCCAGCUUCACCUUCCCGGCUAGACCCC